AUGAGCCGUAUAUUAAUGAGAGUUCGUAGUGCUGACAGCGAAUCAAGCAAGAACGCAAAUGUUAUACGUCAUUCCGGGAAAAAAUCUUUAGCUGCUUCUCUUAAGAAAGCCGUAGGCGGUAGCUCACGUGUCCAAAACCGACGCGAUAUUACGCACGGUUUAUGUCAAGGAAGUAUCGAAGAUAAAUUGGAAAGUGGGAAAACACCCAAAGAUGAAGUUAAUACCGCCGCUAAGACUCAUAGGAGGAAUCUCUCUCUCCCCAAGUCCCUUGAAAAUCUUCAUAUGCGCAAAAAAUCUACGGUCUCUGAGUCUGGUUUUAAAACGCCAACACCCUGUGGCUUGGAAAAUCUUGGCAACACAUGCUACAUUAAUGCUAUCAUGCAAUGCUUGCAUUCGACCGAGCCGGUCCGCGAAUUCUGUGAAAAAUACGACGGUAGUCGUUCUAAAUCACUUAAAAACGGCACUGAUUUGGUUCCUGCCUUCGUUUAUUUGAUAACCAAAAUGAACUCGCUUAGUACAGGCAGUGUCAGUUCAAGUACUCUCCAAAGGUUCAAAAACGCCUUUGUAGCGCAUGUCCCUAAUUACAAGGGUAAUCUUCAGCAAGAUGCCCUGGAGUUUUUCACCUAUUUAGUAGACGGACUUCAUGAAGGAAUCAAAGAGGGUUCGCAAACAACGAGUUUUUCUGGUCCUCCAAAUAACAAUGGCACCUCAUUCACUCCACCGCCAGCAAUUCAAAGAGACACUCGAUUGGAGCGUCGUUGUGGAGGUCUGAAGACGAACGAAAUUAGUGGUCACUUGACGGGCGGGGAUAGGGAAGCAUCCUCGGGCAACUCCUCUGUAUCUUCAACUCGAUAUUUCAAGAAAAUCGUCCGAAAACUCUCGGAUAAAGUCUUUCGUCCUCUUCGUUCUCACGGUUCCUACGAUCUUCGUCACGAUACUCAUCAAUCCGCUGUGAGCUCAGCUGACGCGACUGCUUCUGAGAACAGCUUUCUAAAAGACACCUUCGUUGGUCAUCUCCAGACUCGUUUGCGUUGUCUUCAAUGCAACAACCUCACAACUCGUGACGAACUUUUCUGGAAUCUCUCCCUUUGUGUCCCUGAAUCAUCUUCCGGCGAGAAAGAAUCUAAAGAUAAACGAGGGAUUCUAAAAACUAAUUCCUCAUCCACUUCUGGUACAUCUUCCUCUACAACGUCUGAGGUCACCUGUGUUAGUCUAGACGACUGCCUGAAGGCUUUCACGAAAGCUGAAAUCCUAGACGAUGCGGAUAGACCGACCUGCAAAAGAUGCAAGACAAGGAAUACAGCCGAACUUCAAGUAAAGAUCUCAAAAUUACCUAAAAUCCUUGUAUUACAAUUUCAACGUUUUGAGUCCUCCUGUUGCAAGACCAAGAAGCGGAACCUUAUCAAAUUCGGUUUUGAGCAGGAUAUGUCCCCAUAUUAUGUGAACGGUUCUGCGGAUAAAAAUACCGAAGUCCAUAAUUUGAGGCCUACUUCCAUUCCCAAAUGCUUCAGCUCCCCUGCCUUCCUUCAUCCAUCUGAUGAUGCUGAACUUCAAAAGAGCAUGUCAGCAGCAUCAAUACCGGCUACGAUACACAAACUGGAUUUAUCCGAGGCCACAGUGCCGACGAAUUAUCAAUUAUACGCUGUGGUGUACCAUCAAGGUGGGACAGAUCGUGGACACUACACCGCCAGAUGUCGUCUUCCCUCAAACCCAGUGGACUCUGAACAGGCCUCUUGGUACUUCUUUGAUGACGAAAAGUGA